GACAAACCCAUGGAUUUCAAUACCAUUAAGAACCAAAUAGAGGCUAAUGACGGUACUGGAUAUAAGCAUGUUUGGGAAGCAUGUGCUGAUGUUAGGUUGGUUUUCAAAAAUGCUAUGAAAUAUAAUGACGAAAGAAGUGAUGUUCAUGUGAUGGCAAAAACUUUACGGGAAAAGUUUGAGGAGAAAUGGUUGCAAUUUCUGCCUAGAGUUGCUGAAGAGGAAACUAGACGAGAAGAGGAAGAAGCUGAAGCACGGUUAGCCAUGCAAUUUGCUCAAGAAGCAGCUCAUGCUAAAAUGGCUAAACACUUGAGUAAUGAGCUCAUGCUGGAUGAAGUUGAUUUGCAUUUAGAAGAGCUCCGGGAGAUGGUUGUUAAAAAAUGCAGAAAAAUGUCAACUGAAGAAAAGAGAAAUCUUGGAAUUGCUCUCACCAAACUGUCUCCUGAUGAUCUUAGAAGAGCAUUGAAUAUUGUUACCCAAACUAAUCCAAGCUUCCAAGCAAAUGCUGUCGAGGCGGAUCUUGAUAUUGAUGCUCAGAGUCAGUCUACCUUGUGGAGAUUAAACUUUUUUGUCAUGGAUGCUCUUGAAGUCCAGAGCCAGAAUUCAGAAAGCAUGGAUGGCGAUGAAAGAAUUAUGCGAUGCUAUUGCAAAUGUUUCGAAGAAGAAGACCAAGAAGCCUAA